AUGGACUUCGAGUGGAAUCCUAGCAAGACGAAGCAAGCCAUUGCUCGUGCCUUUCUUCCAGGCCAACAAAAGGUCGUUUACGUGUACCAGUUGCUUGCGAAUGGGACGCUUGAAGAGGACAAGUACAGGAGGACGACGUGGAAAGAGUGGGUGUCGUGCAUGAUAUUCAGCGAGGCGUUUGUUGAAGACCCCUCGCAGUGGCAAGCAGAGAAGAUCGAAGAUAAUGUGCUGAGGGAAAUGGUGGAGGAAGUGUUAGACAGUAUCAAAACACUCAAUAGCUUUAUACGAAAUCGAAGAAGAAAACUCGACACACGAUUUACGUGGUUUCCCCGAUAUCGGGACUAG